AUGACGAAAAGAGGCGUCAGCCUGUCAGCUCUCGGGUCCUAGUUACGAGGGGCGGUGUCAAUGCGGAUACCACGGUACCACCAUCGCGGGGCCAAGGCCUGUUGCUGAUUGGCUCCCCGAAGAGCACUCACAUACGGGGAUGCAAGGGCGGUGCGGAGAGGGCGUCGAGUGGCCAGGUAGGUAUCAGCCUCUUGGUGUGAAGCCCGACACCUCUGCCCUGCCCCCCUAUCCCGCUCCCUAGGGAUUAUCUGCCACUGUCGCUGAAAGAUUGCGUCAUCUAAAGCCGAAAACCACCUUUGCAACCCUCCUCGGUUUUUGACCUGCCUGCCAUGACGUCAGAGCGCUGUGGCGGUGGAUGAGCUUUGAGGACCUCAUGGAGCCCAAAGGUACCAAGAGAAGGACUGAGAACACAGAGUUAGCAGAGCCUAGGAACAAACUCCCCCGCCCAGCACCCUCACUGCCCACAGAGCCUGCCCUCUACUCUGGGCCCUUUCCUUUCUACCGGCGCCCUUCCGAACUGGGCUGCUUCUCCCUGGAUGCUCAGCGUCACUAUCAUGGAGAUGCCCGAGCCCUGCGCUAUUACAGCCCACCGCCCGCCAAUGGUCCAGGCCCCAACUUUGACCUCAGAGACGGAUACGCUGACCGAUACCAGCCCCGGGAUGAAGAGGUCCGAGAGGGGCUGGACCACCUGCUACGCUGGCUCCUGGAGCACAGAGGCCAACUGGAGGGGGGUCCAGGCUGGCUGGCAGGGGCCAUAGUGACAUGGCGGGGGCACCUGACAAAACUGUUGACGACACCAUAUGAGCGGCAGGAGGGCUGGCAGCUGGCAGCCUCCCGGUUCCAGGGGACACUCUACCUGAGUGAAGUGGAGACUCCAGCUGCUCAGGCUCAGAGGCUUGCUCGCUCACCCCUCCACCGGGAGCUUAUGUACAUGGGCUACAAGUUUGAGCAGUACAUGUGUGCAGACAAACCUGGAGGCUCCCCAGACCCUUCUGGAGAGGUUAACACCAACGUGGCCUUCUGCUCUGUACUACGCAGCCGCCUGGGAAACCAUCCCCUGCUCUUCUCCGGGGAGGUAGACUGCACAGACCCCCAGGCACCAUCCACACAGCCCCCCAGCUGCUAUGUGGAGCUCAAGACCUCCAAGGAGAUGCACAGUCCUGGCCAGUGGAAGAGCUUCUACAGACACAAGCUCCUGAAAUGGUGGACUCAGUCAUUUCUCCCUGGGGUCCCAAAAGUUGUCGCCGGCUUCCGUAACCCGGAGGGAUUCAUCAGUUCCCUCAAGAGCUUUCCUACCAUGGAGAUGUUUGAAUAUGUCAGGAAUGACCGUGACGGCUGGAAUCCCUCCGUGUGCAUGAACUUCUGUGCUGCCUUUCUUAGCUUUGCCCAGAGUACAGUUGUCCAGGAUGACCCCAGGCUCAUCCACCUCUUCUCCUGGGAGCCUGGUGGCCCAGUCACCGUGUCUGUACACCGAGAUGCACCCUAUGCCUUCCUGCCCAUGUGGUACGUGGAAGCCAUGGCCCAGGACCUCUCAUCAUCCCCUGAGACACCCUCCCCCAAAGACUGAUGCCUCCCAGGGGCUGGCCCCAUCUCUAUGUUAUACAGAUAAUAAAAGCAUAUUUCUAA